UUCAAUAUUUUUUACAUAACAUUUUCAACAAAUUUAUCAUGAAUUCAACACCAAUUUUGUCAUUUGUUUUUAUGAGCCAAUAAUUAUGGCAUUAAACCAAUCAAUUAAUGCAACAAACGUUACGAUCGGCAACAAUACCAUCGCCGACGACACCGCAUACGAAGACGACUCCAGAGAUUGGAUAGUUUUGGUGUUAUAUCUAAUCACAUCUAUUCUGGCAAUCGUUGGCAAUGCGUUCAUCUGUGUUGUGGUGUACCGGAAGAAGCACUUCAGAUCAACCACUUAUAAGUUGAUCGUAAAUAUGGCCGUUUCGGACAUCAUCGGCGGUAUUGUCAUACCGGGUCAGUGGCUGUUCUGUUCCACCUAUUUCUUGGACAACGGGGUCUUCGCGCACAGGAUUUGCGGCAUUUGUAAAUCGCUUCAAAUCCUAUCCUAUUAUGUGUCGACGUUUACGAUGACAGCCAUUGCCAUCGAUCGGUACCGACUUAUCUGUAAGCCAUUGGCGCCCAGAAUGGGACCACUGGUGCCGAUACUCAUCACUUGGCUAUUGGGCGCACUCUUCACUUCCACCACAUUCUUCUCGAUGAGAGUUUCCGAAUAUUUCUCUCCCACACAAGGUUUAAUCGGUUGUCGAGUGAUAUUCCCGUCGGACGUGAGUCUAGUGUUGCGAAAAAUGCGAGUAAUGUUGACAAUAAUCACGCAAUACGUGAUGCCGUUGUCGAUCACCGGCUACUUCUACGGUCUGGUGGUGUACGCCGUGUGGAGCAGAGAACAGGUGGGAACCGCUUCGCAGACAAAGACCAAGUCGUUCAACGAGAACAAGAAGCGCACCGUUAAGAUGUUGAUUACGGUGACCGUGUUGUUCGGGUUGGCCUGGUUUCCCACGCAUCUCAUGCAUUAUCUUAAGUUUUACACCAAGGUCAUACCGGUGUCCAAAGGCACCUGCAAUGCCACCACGUUUUACAUGCUCUGCUAUUGGCUGGGAAUCAGUAGUUGUUGUUAUAAUGCGUUCAUAUAUUGCUAUUUCAAUGUCGAGUUCAAGACCGAAGCCAUCCGCGGCUGGAAUCGUCUCUUUCUGUGUCUUCCCAUUGAAAUGCAAACCAAACAGAAGAGAGAAGACGAGAGCGGAACUAAUGGCACGUCUUCUACAGAUUACAAGUCCACUAAUGUCUGA